GCGGCGCGGACGGCGGCAUGGCGUUCCGGCAGGCGUUGCAGCUGGCGGCCUGCGGGCUGGCCGGGGGCUCGGCUGCCAUGCUCUUCUCGGCCGUGGCGGUGGGCAAGCCACGUACCGGCGGGGACUUGGAGCCGCGGGCGGCGGAGGCGCCGGCCUGGGCGGGGGGCGCGCGGCCGUGCCGGGGCGUCUGGGACCCCAACUGGGACAGGCGAGAGCCACUCUCUCUGGUCAACCUGCGGAAGAGGAACGUGGAAUCUGGAGAGGAGGAGCAGGCGUCCAGGCUGGACCACUACAGGGCGAAGGCCACAAGGCACAUCUUCCUCAUCAGGCAUUCCCAGUACCACAUGGACGGCUGCCUGGAAAAGGACCGCACUUUGACCCCACUAGGGAACUACAUCCACAGGGCAGAUGCCAAGCAAGAGGAGGACAGCUAUGAAAUCUUCAUAUGCCAUGCCAAUGUUAUACGCUACAUUGUCUGCAGAGCGCUGCAGUUCCCUCCAGAAGGCUGGCUCCGUCUCUCCCUCAACAAUGGCAGCAUCACCCACCUCGUGAUCCGACCGGAUGGCCGAGUAGCACUCAGGACCCUUGGGGACACGGGGUUCAUGCCCCCCAACAAGAUCACCCGGUCUUGAGGGCCCCUCUGGGACUCCACCCUUCUCUGCGUGCAGCCUGGUUCAGCCUUCCCUCUUGUUCCUUGUCCAGGUUGCAGUGCAGCUUUGAGGAAGAUGUUGUGGGAACGUCUCAGAUGCUGGGGACACUUGUGUCUGGCCCACUGAAAGGGAGACCUUCAGGCCAAACAGCCUGACUUCCUUCCUUUGGCCUGCCAGGACAGCCCCGUGGGUGUGGGAUGAGGACCUUCUCAGGCAAGAGGACAGCCUGUGCUGGGCUUUGAACAAGCCCUGCUUGCCAUCCUUCUGGACCACCAUGGCAGGCCUGCAUGGGUGGCCAAAGCAGCAAGUGACUCUGGGCUCCGCCCAAGCUGGUGCAGCAGGACAAGCUUUCUAAACAACUCAUUUCAUUCACAUGUUCUUAUUCUGAAAAGCCUUUGUCACUUCAGUGUUCRUCAAUUAAAACCUAUUCCUCAUUUGGGUUCUUGCUUUGAAAACCAAUUUCUCACCAGAGUGAGAGAUCCUGACGCUGUAGGAUCUAAAGGCACAGGGACUGGCAAGCCGCACAGUGGAUUUGGGUGAGAGAGGAAGUGAGUCUGGAGUGCCAUGUCCAGGGGUUGGCCACACCAGGCAGGGACUGCGGGCUUGUGAUGGCCAGGCAGGGAAGAUACCCAGGGCUGACAUCUCUAUCCUAGUCUGCUCCUGGCCACAGUUCAUCUUCUGGGCUUGUGGGUUAACAUUUGGACAUGAUAUGCCUACCCCAAAUAUCUGUUAAUUCAACAAAAGCAGUCCAGUUUCUACGAAGUGCUCAUGAACACUUUCAGUAAUCAAUACAAUGAAUUGGGAUAUUUGAUCCAUUUCUCUGGCCUCUUUGGAAAUAACUACAUAAUAAAUUUUUAAAAAUACAAAUCGUGAUUUUUUUUAAAGAAAACGGGAAACCUGUGCCAGGACACAGCAGUGGCAAGAAAUCCCUUUCGCUGGGCGCUUGUCUGUCCUCAGCCUGGGUACCUCAGCGUCCUGCCACCCCAAGGCAGGGCCGUGCUAGGCGGCCCGCCUGUGCGGAACUUGGCGCAGGACCUGUGUGUCGCCCGGUCGCAGGGCUGCGGGGAAGCCUCUGCUUUUGUACACACCCUGCUCGGAUGCCUAGUCCAUUCCGAGGCGCAGUCUCCUCCCUGGACCUCGGAGAUGGCAAAUGGGAACCAGACACAGUUCAGGGUGGUGGCAGGGCAGGGUCUCCUCCACACCAGCCAUACCUCGCCGCAACUCGCCCGCUUCGGCUCUGCCCUGGCCCUUCACUUCCGCCUCGCUCCGCCCUUGCCCUUCACCUCCACUCUGCUCCUCACUUCUGGGUCGCGUAGAGUCCAUUUCAUAUGCCGCAAGCAAGGACCUGGGAUUCUGAGUAGCCUGGAGCAGAGGAGCUGGAAUGAGACCUUGGUAGAAAAACUUAGAAGGACGUAAGUCACCGGAUGACCAGAAGAGCUAGCAAUCUGCAGAUGCUCCUGCAAGAAAUCCCCAGAAUGAAAACUGCUGACCUUACAUUUGAAGUCAAAGUUGUGAAACGGCUUCCGGUUUUGUCUGGAAAGUUACACCCCUUUCUAGGAGCUCGCAGCGAUUGUGCCCUGUAUGAAGCUUCGUUGUUGUUCGCUUUUUUCCCUUUGGUAUCAGUGGUUGAACUCAGGAUUAACCACUGAGCACGUACCCAGACAUUUUUUGUAGUUUAUUUAGAGACAGGGCCUCGCUAAGUUGCUGAGAGCAGCUGUGACCUCGCAGUCCUGAGCCGCGGCCAUCACAGGCGGGAGCCACCGUAUAAAUUCCCAGCAGACUUUCUUCUCCACAGUUCCUUGUGUUUGCUGUUCGGAGUGGUCUUCCCUGCUCGCCUUCUUAGUGGUAAGGACCAGGCCUCAGUCCUGGCGGUGGGGAUGGCUGCUGGCUUCGCUUAGCAGGGUAACUCCUGAAGGCUGGAUAYGGAGAAGGCAGAGGGGCAGGGCACCAGAGUCUCUACAGCAUCCACACCCACGGAGGGACCUCACCAUUUGGAUGGCUUCAUUCCAGGGUCUCUAGGACACUGACGUGGGAACCAGCUAUUUGUUCCUCUCAUGCUGGGGACAGAAGCCAUGCCCCUGGCUCAGGAUGGACAGAGAUUUCUUAAACAGUGGGAACAGCAGUCCCUCUAUCUGAAACAAAACUUGCACGACCUGAUGGAACUGGACUGAGAUGGCAACUGGUACCCCAGGACUGCUCAAGUGGAUGCUUUAAGUGACGCCCACACUAGGCCCUGAUCAGUCCUUGUCCAAGAAAGCUGUGAAUGUUUCUGGAGAGACCUAUCAUCAUUCAAAAGGAUCUGGCUAUGGUCCCUGCCAGCGCAGAGGGCACUUGUUUUAGUGGCACCUGAGCUUGCUUUUCCCCUGAAAAGAGGAGUGGGGACUUGUUCUGGAUUCCACCCACCCACCUCUUUGUGGGGAAUAUCUUACAUCAUCAUCUUCAAACUGAAGACUUCCCGGAGCCAUCCUUCAACUGUGCAAGAACUAAAAACAACAUGGAAGCUGUUAGGCUGGAAAGUCUGGUACCUGGUAACUCCCAGCGGAACUCCUGUUGGUUUGAGACUGCCCAGUACAUGUGGCUUCCUACCUAGCUCUGAGUUCAGCACUGCACUGGAGAUGGGUGACAAGCUGGAGCCACACAGCCUCCUGGAGAUGGGUGUAGCUUGCCAAGAUGCCAAUCAACCUGUUUGCUGCAAGUCCCGUCUUUGAUGUGCUCCCUUCAAUAAAAGACCAGAGCCA